UACCCCUAACUGCAAAGGAAAAGCCAACACACUCUUUUGUUUUCUAGUUGGGAUGGGAAAAACCCAGAAAGAAAAAGGGCCUCUCUUUUAAUAGGAGCCUCUGAACACAAAACCCUCAGCUCACUUUCUCCACCCUUCUUCUCUCCUUCCACUUCAGUUCUCUGCAACUUCCCAUAUUCUUUGGUCUGCUCUCCAACCCAUUCCCAGGCAUUUCCCCCAGUCGGUAAGCCAUCUGUAAAGCAUCUCACCUUUCUGGCAUUUGGGUUUCUGCAACAAGCAUUUUGAUUUUGACAUGCUUUGGAGUGCAUAGUUUUGGGUGCAUUGUUAGGGAUCCAUUACUCAGAUGUUUGGCAAUUCCCAUCUUGAAGCACUGCCCAUUUCCUUUUAGCAUGUGGUUUAGGCUACUGAGAGAAUCAGAGAUCAUUUUCUUUUCUGGGAUUGCUGCUAAAUGCUUUCAUUGAAGACUUUUCACAUGUUUCAAUGGCGUGUAGAGCAGAUAAAAGGUGAUACCUUUAUUGGCUGGGAGGAAAGUAUAUAGAUAUUAACAUUCUUAUGAGGAAUUUUAGACCAUAGGUUGACCUGGUCCCCCAUUGCUUGCCCUGGUCCACAUUAUCAGAUAGGUUAGCAGAUAACAGGCACCCAAAUCAUUAUCUGAGGGUUUUGAUGAUCAGCUGUCUUUAAUCUUGCUAGGAAAAACCUGUUACAGCAUAUACUAAAACCCGAAUAGAAGCCAAAUUUAUGAAUAAGCAAAGGAUAAACCAAGUCUCCAGAUACUAGAUUUGUUUAGCAAAGAGGGGGACUGAGCUGUUGGGGUUGUGGAUUUGGCGAAAAUGGCCCAUAUCUUGGCACCAUCUUCGCAAUGCCAGGUGAGACUGUCAAACAAGGUGGCAGCACCUGUGAACCCCAUGGCUGGAAAGAUGUGGAGUUCCUUGGUGAUGAAGAAGAGGGGAACUACAAAAGGUGCUUCCAAAUUCCGCGUCUUUGCAAUCAAGGCCGAGAACAGCACUAUCAAUAGGCUAGACAAUCUCUUGAACUUGGAUAUCACCCCAUUCACUGACAAGAUCAUUGCUGAGUACAUUUGGAUUGGAGGAUCAGGCAUUGAUCUUCGUAGCAAAGCGAGGACAAUUGAGAAGCCUGUGGAGCAUCCAUCUGAGCUUCCCAAGUGGAAUUAUGAUGGAUCAAGUACUGGGCAGGCACCGGGAGAAGACAGUGAGGUCAUUUGUGAUGCAUACACUCCAGCUGGUGAGCCAAUCCCCACCAACAAGCGUUACCGGGCUGCUGAAAUCUUCAGUGACCCAAAGGUUAUCGCUGAAGUUCCAUGGUAUGGGAUAGAGCAAGAGUACACAUUGCUUCAACAAAAUGUGAAGUGGCCUUUGGGGUGGCCUGUUGGUGGCUACCCUGGUCCUCAGGGUCCUUAUUACUGUGGUGCUGGGGCAGAUAAGUCCUUUGGUCGUGAUAUAUCAGACGCACACUAUAAAGCUUGCCUGUAUGCCGGAAUCAACGUUAGUGGCACCAACGGAGAGGUCAUGCCUGGCCAGGUUGGUCCUAGUGUUGGCAUUGAUGCAGCAGAUCAUAUCUGGUGUUCCAGAUACAUUCUUGAGAGAAUCACGGAACAAGCUGGAGUUGUGCUGUCCCUUGACCCAAAACCAAUUGAGGGUGAUUGGAAUGGUGCAGGAUGCCAUACCAACUACAGCACAAAGAGCAUGAGGGAAGAUGGAGGUUUUGAAGUGAUUAAGAAGGCCAUAUUGAAUCUAUCUCUUCGCCAUAAGGACCAUAUCAGUGCUUACGGUGAAGGUAACGAGAGAAGGCUGACGGGAAAGCAUGAGACUGCCAGCAUUGACAAGUUUUCUUGGGGAGUUGCUAACCGCGGUGCCUCAAUUCGAGUGGGACGCGACACUGAGAAGAAAGGCAAAGGUUACUUGGAGGACCGUCGCCCGGCCUCAAACAUGGACCCGUACAUCGUGACUUCAUUAUUGGCGGAGACUACACUCUUAUGGCAACCAACCCUUGAGGCUGAAGCUCUUGCUGCUCAGAAGCUUGCUUUGAAGAAGAAAGGCUUAUCCAAACUAGGACUUUCAGGCCAAAAAUCCAGCAUGGCUUCUGGAGCAUCUAGAUCUGCAUCCAUGCUUCUCUUGAUCGUCAACAUUCUCCUCUACUUCAUCAUCAUUGUCAUUGCUUCAUGGGCCAUAAACCAUGCAAUUCUCCGCUCACAUGAAGCAGCUUCUGUUCUAUCCAUCCCAGCUCGGAUCUUCCCCAUCUUCUUCCCCAUGGGGAACAUGGCUACCGGAUUCUUUGUUGUGAUCUCCCUCCUGGCUGGAAUCGUGGGCAUCACCACAUCAUUGACUGGAAUCCAGAACGUUCUGGUAUCGAAUGCAGCGAACCUCCAUGCUGCAGCUUCGUCUUCCCUGACCUCGUUGGCACUCACACUUCUAGCCAUGGGGUUGGCGUGUAAAGAGAUUGACCUAGGGUGGACUGAUGCUAACUUGAGGACUCUGGAAGUAAUGACCAUAGUCGCGAGUGCAGCCCAGUUGCUGUGCACCGGAGCUCUCCACGCCGGAGCUGAAGAGGCCGAGGCACGACGGAGGAUCCUUGGCUAG